GUGCAGACUGAGACACUGCAGUUUUCAGUCCAGGGACCUUGAGAAGCUGUGUCGGGAGCUGGGCAGCUGCAGCCUUCUUGACUUAUCCAACAACCAUUUGGGCAACAAAGGCAUUGAGAAACUGACUCACCUCCUCCCUGGCCUGAGGUCCCUGCAGCUCCUGAUCUUGAAUGAGAAUAGAGCAUCCUUGGAAGCUGUGUUCUGCUUGGCCUCAACUUUCUCUGACCUGGAGUGGAUCCACGAAGUAGACAUCAGCUUGGGAAGACAACAGUCCAUCUAUGUGAAUGCAUUGGGAGAGCCAGGGAACAAAGUACCUCUGGACAAUGGGCAAAGCAGAAGACUCAAGAGGAAUCCCUAGAGUGGGAUGCACACUUUCCCAAGAGCUUUUGUCUCAGAGAGUGUCAAAUGGACCCCCCAAACUUAAGAAAGCUGCUCCAGAUUCUGGAGACGUGCCAAGGACUGCUGGAGAUCAAAUUCUCCCAUGUUACCAUGAGUGAUCAGAGCACCGAGAUGCUACUGGACUACUUACCCCAGCUUCACAAUCUGAACUUGUUACAACUCAGCCAGACCACUUUGUCUCUAAAUAGCAUCUUCUUGCUGACCAGUGCUGUUAGCCUAUGUGAACAGAUUCAAAAGGUGGAAGUCAGGUCCCAGAAUUAUGCCUGUCUGUACUUUACUCCUGGCAAGAGGAAAGGAGUGUCCUGUGGACUCACAGAUUGUUGCAUCCGCCAAGUGGGUAUGGAGCAACUGUGCCAUACACUACGGCAGUGCAAAGAUCUGAGUCACCUUGAUCUGUCAGGAAACUUGCUGGAUGAUGAAGGGCUCAAAUAUCUUCUGAAGCAUUUACCUCAGAUGAAUCUCUCUGGCUCACUCAACCUAAGCCACAAUGGCAUCUCUCAGGAGGGUGCUCUGCAUUGCUCCACCAUUGCUCUCUCCACCUGCACACAGGCCCGUGAAGUCUCACUCAGCCUGAAUCCAGAGCAGAAGUUUCUGAUACAGUUCACAGAGCACCAAGAGCCCAGAAAGAUCCUGAGACUGAGCAGAUUCAACUUCCAGCAAGAGCACAUCAUCAGGCUGGCCACCCUGGUGGGACAAGUGCCGAAGCUGACUGAUCUCAUAUUGGCCAAUAACACAGUAUCACUACAAGGGUUGCAACUUCUCUUGAAUUUAGUGAGGAUGCCAUCAGGGAUGCUGAGGAUCAGUGUUGAAGAGCCAUGGGUGACCAUGGCCAGUGUUACUACCCUGUUGGAUGCAAGUGUCCAGGCUUCAGGCAACAUCACCAAGAUAAGCAUCUCCAGACAACAGUCUCUCCUCCAUAUUGAAGAGGCAUUUUCCCAGCAGACAGAGAAUCCUGCAGUUGCAACUUUCAGACUGGCUCAGUGUGACCUAGGAGUCAGCCAAACCCUUGCCAUCAGGCAGGUGGUUGAAAAGUACAUCAGACUACAGGAGCUUAGCUGGUCCCAGGUUCACUUGUGUGAUACCAGCACCCAGCUACUCAAGACUCUGCUUCUGUCUCUCCUUGAAUUGAAGAAACUCAGGCUGACAGCCAUCGUGGUGAGCUCUGAGGGCGUGUGCCAGGUAGCAUCUGGGCUGAGUCACUGCAAUACUGUGGAAGAGCUAGAUCUAUCCAAGAAUGAGUUCAGUGUGGAAAGCACCAGGGUGCUCAUGGGAGCUCUGGAAGGGAAGUGCCAGCUUAGGAGUCUGAACCUCAGCUCCCUGCAGCUGGAUGACCUGGCAUUGAGUACACUAGCCCAGAGACUUCGGGGAAUGUCCCUCCUGCACACACUUGACCUGAGCAACAGUGGCCUCAGCAGCAUCGGUUGCUGCUACCUGUCAGAUUGCCUCAGGGAUGCUACCAACUUAGAAGAUCUGAACUUGAGCCACAACAAGAUCGAAGAUGCUGGGGUGCAGCAUUUAUCAGCCAUCCUGCCCACGUUGCUGCAGCUCAGAAAGAUUGACCUCUCGUGGAAUGGCAUCAGCCCAGCAGGAGGCAGGAAGCUAGCUGAGGCACUGGCGUUCUGUGUCCAGGUGGAGGAGUUACACUUAGGGGCCAAUACAAUGGGGGACCUGAUGGCCAUAAGGCUUGCCCAGAACUUGCCGCAUCAUCUGAAAGUCUUGUACCUUUGUUCCAACCAGAUUGGCACCAAGGGAACGCUGAGCCUGGGACAGGCCCUUGCCAGAUGCCAGUGGAUAGAAGAGGUCAGCUUGGCAGAGAACAUCUUUGCUGAAGAGAUUCUGCCUCUCUCAAAGGGACUCCUGAAGCUCAGAAAGAUUAACCUCACGUCCUGCAAGAUUAACGACCGGAUGACCAAACCUCUUGCCAGUAGCUUGGUUCUCUGCCAUGACCUUGAGGAGAUCCUGUUGGCCUGGAAUUCCCUUGGGAACGAAGGGGCCACUGAACUAGCCCAUGUUCUGCCUCAGAUGAACCAGUUGAAGAAAUUGGAUUUGGAAGGCAAUCAGAUCGGUUCUCUGGGAGCACAGCUGCUGGCAAAGGGGUUAGCCAAGCGUCCUGAAUUCAAGUCAUAUGCCUGUGGAAGAAUCCAGUCCCCAGAGACACAGCCCGGUUGCUUCAGGGCCAGGAUCCCAGACUGAAUUUCUCCUAACCGACCCCAGUGGAACUCCAGGACUCCUCCCUUAGGCUCACCAGAUCCACUGAAGGUGGAUGUAUGCCCCCUUUGCAGAGUAGGGGGCCAACUAGAUGCAGAUUCAAGGAGAGGAUUCUCCUUGUCCUGGAAUGUCCCUGCUGUGGGGUCAGUGGGGUGCAACCUGCCAGGCAGGUCCCUCCUCUCCUGCAACAUCCCUCAAGGAAGUUAUCUACUUUGGACUGGACAGGGCAGGGUAAGCACAUUGCCUGUCAGUGUGAAAUCGAUUUGCUCAUCUGUAAAAGAAGUGGAACUGGAUGAUCUGUAAAGGUCCCUUCCAACUCCAACAUUUUACAGUCCUGGGAAUCUAAAGCGAUACCAUGGAAAGUGAGCAUUGGCUCUAGAGUCAGAGGGUCUGGGUUCAAAUCUAGCCUCUGAUGCUUACUCUCUCUAUGACUUUAUGCAAGUCACUGAAUUCCCCUGGACCUCAUGUUUCCUUUUCUGUAAAAUAAUGAGGUUGAACCUCGGAUACAUUUAUGCUCCUCUCUAUGUGUGUUUGCAAUGGAAGAAGUGCUACAUAGUGUAAUGGAGUUUAAUCUAUUGUGUAACAUGGAAUAUAAAAUAUGGUAUAAUGCAGGGACAGAGACAUAACCAGCUUCCUGCUGGCAUCAGUCUGAUCUGGGCUGUGUUUUAUUUAUUUGUUUUUUAAUUAAGCAUUUAUAUACUUCAUUCCCAGAAUGACUGAACUGGAGAAACACUCCAUCCUUUGGAGGUCUCAGCCAGCCUCCCCACUAGACCUUUAGGUUGGGCUGGGGGGAAGGUGGGACAGCACUGAUCCAAGCAGCUGGUGCACUGGCCACUGAGUCAGGAGACCUGAGUUCUAGUCCCAGCUGUCUCAUGGACUUAUACGUCUGACUUCGGGCAAGUCAUUUCUUCCGACGUACUGCUCAUGAAGUCCAUCUGUCAUAAGAGGAUUGGCUUAUACCUUCUACCUCUGAAAUUCUGUUAUUCAGUGGUAUAAAGUUUUGAGUCUAGGUUUCUUCCCAGAGUCUUCAAGGCUUCCCUUCCCCCUUCAUUCAACUACUGAGGAAUGGUUGAAUACCUUGUUUGCACAUAAUUUUUGCUUGUUGUCUCCUCAGGAGGCUGUAAGCUUCUCGAGGAUUGGCAUUGUUUUUGCCUUUCUCUGUAUAGGAGUGGGCAGAGCAAUGUGGGGUGUGAGGAUACACUGAAAACCCUCCAGGUAUGUGGAUCUGAAAGGAGGGGUCCUGGGUUCAAAUCCUACCUCUUUCAUUUAUUUUGUAACCUUGGAUAUGAAUCAUACCUUCUCUGAACUUGGACUUCCACAUCUGCAAAAUAAAGAUUAUACUACUUGAACUAACUUGCUAAAAUGACAAAAGCACUGAGGCUGGAGUCAGAGACCAAGAGUUUUUCGACCUCUGUGGGCCUCAGCGUCCUCAUCUAUGGAAGAAAGAGGUUGAACAGGGUGGUCUUAAAGGUCUCCUCCAGCUCUAGAUCUCUGAUUCUAUGCGCCUACCUCAAAAGGUUAUUGUGGCAAAAUGUGUUUAUAAACAUUAAAGUGUAAUGAGAAGUCUAA